AGCUGGUUCAUCACAGAUUAUACAAUAAAAGUCUUUACUGUAGGAGAAACAUGAGGCUGCAGGACGCACUGGGUCUGAGGUUUGGAGCUGAAACUGGAUCAGAAUCUGUCACGUGGUUCAGAGCUGCGCACACUCUCCAUCUGAGAGACUGGACUCUAUCAUCCACAGACCUGAGCAUCUACAGACGACACACAUUUACACACACAUUUACACACAUUUACACACACAUUUACACACAUUUACACACACAUUUACACACACAUUGACACACAUUUACGCUCCUACAGGAAAACCUUUGUGCGACACAGUCUGAUCUCAGGAGUCUGCAGAGAUGUGCACAGAACAAACUGCUGCGUCACUCACAGGUAUGAGCUGGAGCCAGAGACCAGAGUAAAUGAGGACGUACAGUCUGUGCUCGAGUAGGACAGGCACUGACUCAAAAGGCCCCACGUCCGCGCUCGACCCCGACCACGACCGGAGAAUCGUUCUGGUCGGGAGGACGGGCAGCGGGAAAAGCUCUGCGGCCAACACCAUCCUGGGCCGAAGUGCAUUCUGGGUGGAACUUUCUCCCUGUUCUGUCACCUCCAAGUGCAGAAAACAGAGCGGGCAGAUAGACACAUGGAGCGUGUCUGUGGUGGACACUCCCGGGUUCUUCCACACCAGAAUGACCCUUCAGGAAGUUCUAGAGGAAACGGGACAAUGCGUUAAACUGUAUUCACCUGGACCACACGUUUUUAUACUGACAAUCCAGAUCUGCAAGUUCACCCAAGAAGAAAGAGACUGUUUGGACUGGCUCAAGGCGACGUUUGGCUCUGGGGUUUUGAAAUACACUUUAGUUUUGUUUACUCGUGGAGAUCUGCUGCAGGGAAAACGUGUAGAAGACUACGUAGCGGAGAGUGAAGAACUGUCAGAGUUUGUCAGUGAGUGUCAUGGAGGAUUUCACGUCUUUAAUAAUAACGACACGGAAAGUUCAGAGCAGGUGACGGAGCUCCUGAACAAAAUAAACAAGAUGGUGUCUGCAAACGAAGGUGGAUAUUACACCAGAGAAAUGUUCGACGAAGCCGAGAGGGCGAUGAAGGAGGUGCAGGAGAGAAUGAUGAGUGAAAACGUCUCUGUAUCGUCUCCUCAGAAAGCAACAAAUGAGGUGAAACUGCGAGGAGCGGGAGCUGAAAAGAGGCUGGAAGAAGAAGAAGAAGAAAGAAAAAGAGCAGAGAGGCUGUUCUGGUGCGAACUGGUGACGGCGAUGGGCAAAGGCGCGGCGGAAGGAGCGGGGAUUGUGGGUAAAAACAAAGGGAAAGGAAAAGCAAUGAAGAAAGUGGCCGCUCUGGCGACGUCUCCGCUUUCAAUAACUUCAGCGGCCAAAGCGGUGGGAGGAGCCGUGCGAGAAGGAACUAAAGUCUUCUACAAGCACCGCAAAACAUUCCUGCACUGAGAACACGACACACGACACUGUGACACGUGUAUUUGUUUUUGUGGGCGGGGUGGAAAAAGUCAACAUCCUGGUCAAAGAACAUACAAUAAGGCAAUUAAGUAAGAAAAAAAGUCUUUAUAUUAUUAAAAAGGUUUACAAAUAGUGUGCAAUUCUGCUUAAAAUUGGCUUCUUCCACAAAAUGACCUAGAAUUGGCAAACUUUUGGGUUUCGCUUCGUGACAAAAAGCCCUUAAAAAACACACAAAAUGCACCGGUGUAAACAGACAAAGACUCGACAAACUUGAAAAACUGAAUUGUGAACAAAUCAAUGAAGUGUUUCCCUGGAAGGACAAGACAAAAAUACAAAAAAACUCAGUAAAACCCAAGAAAGACAAUACCACAAAUAAACAAACAGAGCACAUUUAGUAUUUGACAUUGCCACGUUCCCUGUGGUGUGAUUAUUUUACUGACUCUCUGACAUUUUGUGCCAUUUAAUCAGUUGGAUCGUAAGUCCCUUUUUUGCUAAGAGUAUUUACAGUUUCAUACUGUUUGUAUCAGGCACACGGUGGUUCUGCAGCCUCAGGACUUCGCUCUUACACAGGCAUCGGCAGCGACAUUUUCCCUUUUCCACGAAGCACUGCACAGAGAGAAACACAAAGUUAUUACUGAAAUCACUGUAAAAACACAGGGCACAUUUACAUAUUUAGUAUCAAAAACAUCAGAUUACAUGAUUCUGUCAAUUAAUCAAUGGAUUUUUAGUGUAACUCUUCUCAAACUUUAACAUUUUCUCACAUUAUUUUGCGUUUUUAUCUCGUCAAAACCUGCACAGAUGUGAAAAAUCAGUAAGAAAACAGUUUACUCAACAUUUAAAUCAGAUAAUCAUCAUAUUUUUGGCACGCACAUAAAAAUAACCAUUGAUAGAAACAAGAACUAUUUCAGUAUAACGUGCAAAUGUAUUUAUCGCAUUAUAGAAAAUAAAAACACCGAUAUUCUACUGUCACACUCCCACAUCCUCCCAAAUCAAGUCCCAGUGUUUCCUUUUUCCAGUUUUCCUGCCCAUUAUUUAUAUAAAAAAGCUCAUUUCACAAACUUAAACUUAAUCAUUUCUACGAGUGACUAGACCACGUGUCAAACUCAAGGCCCACGAGCCAAAUGUGGCCCGCCAUGUCAUUUUAUGUGGCCCACAACAAGCUCAAUUAAAAGGUCUGACUGUGUUAAAUGUCACUUUAGCAGGAGAUACGCAGUUAUACAGCCACAGUUUUACAUUGUGAAAUAUUUGUAAACUGAAUGAGUAAUAAAGACGUAAAGUUUAUGAUCAAGUUAAAAAAGCGACCGUUUUCCUGAUGUGGCCCUCGGUGAAAAUGUGUUUGACGGCCCUGGACUAGACUAGAAUUAGUGGUUUUACAAUAAAAACUUGCAUUUUCUCAAUAUUAAUCUUAGAUACCCAACGUUUGUGUGAAGUAUUAUCGACAUAGAGAAAGAAUAUGUACAACAAAUGUAAAAUAAAAUGUUAAAAAUCCUGUAUUAU